AUGAGAAGAAAAAAUGGCAAACUCGGCGGAAAAGCUAUAGAGCUAGAAGGCCCUGAAGACGCUCAGAUAAUGAAACCGAAUCAUAAGCUGUUAAAGAAGUCGAUAGAAAAGAAAACGUUACCAAUUUCAGAUGAUCAAUUAGCUGAGUGGAGUCUUUUACGAAAAGAAUGGGAAGAAGCAAAUAGUGAAAAUUUAUUAGAGAAAAAAGUUAAUGAGUUUAAUACCUUGAACGCGGCUGAUGGUCUAUGCAAAACAGCACAUUUAGACGAAAGCGAUAAUAAUAAAAGUAAAGUCAAUAUUAAGAAUGACUAUACGUGGGAAUAUUUAGUAUUUUGGAGAAAUACUAACCAGUUAGCUGAUUGGUUAGCGUUAAACGUUAAUAGAUCAUAUAGGGUUAAAAUUACGGAUGUUGAAAUAGACUGGAAAGCGUCGAUUAAUAUAAUUAUGAAAGAGUUUCAGGGUGAUGUUUCUAGUUUGAAUAAUGAUCUUACUGCCUAUAAUUUAAAAAAUUAUUUAGAAAUUUUACCGACAUUUACAAUGUUAAAUCAAAGAAAUCUGGAACUCUAUGAAAAAAAGGAUCCAACGAUUAAACAGAUAAUCAAUGAAGCAUUUGAUAAGUUGAAAGACAAAUUAGAUGAGAAUAAUUUUCGAAUACCAUUUAAUUAUCAUGCCAAAUUAUUGCAGAUAUUGGAUGAUAGAUCGUUCCUGAUUUUAAUGGAAGAAUUUUUCAUGAAACAGUUAAAGGGUGUUUCAAAACCAAAAUCAAGUGUCCAACGUUCAUCCGGAUCAAAAAUUAAAUUAGUAUCCAUGUCACAUCUACAACUCACAGCAACACUCGGAACAGUCAAAGUAAUAAAGAAAGAAGGUUUUGCAUUACUGGAAGGAGCUAUAAAUAAUUUCUGUGAAGAAAUAGGAAAUCUAGAACAUAAUUUGACUAUAAAUAAUUUAUGUAAAGACAUGGGAAAUCUAGAAAAUCAUUUGAGGAAUACGUAUGAGACAAUGGAAGAACAAAACGAACUCUCAAGUAUAAAGUGGCGUCUGGUGGAUUCUGGCAUUGAUCUCAAGAAGAACAAUAUAGAGUUGACACAAGAAGAACAGGAAUGUAUUAACAAUUUAAAGAAUUUACUAAAUGAUGUUGAGACGUCAACCAAUGACUUGAAGUUAUUGCAACAGGUAAUGGAUAAAAGUAAUGUUAAAUUCCAAAGUAACAAUCAAACCUUAGAAGAAGCCAACAUGAGACUUUAUGAUCCAGUUCCCAAAGACUCACAAGUUUAUAAGCCUCCUUUACAGAAGACCCUUGGAGCGAUUAGUAAAUGGCACAAAUCUACAAGCAAAACUUAG